CCCCACCCGCGGGGACGCGCGGCGCCGGGAGCUGACCGUGGUGCUGAGCUGGGCGCGCGGCCGGGGCUCGGGCGCGGCUCCCGGCCCUGCCAAGGCCUCGUACUGCGACACUCUCGGCAACCAAAGCAGCUUGGAGCACUGGCAGCAUGGAACUGAAGAGAGGAAAGACCUUUAUUAAAUCCAGCCUGCAGAUUUCCCACGAGAAACCCUCAGACCCAGCAGCUACUGCUCUGACCAUGGAGGAUGCAGGUCCCCGGUCAGUCUCACCAGGAGGGCAACAGCAGCCCCAGAGUGAGAGGGCCCCACAGGUUAGUCCCAGCACCCAAGGGUAUGACAGAUACCCCAGUAAGGGAGCAGAACCAGAACCUGAGGUGGGGGCUGCAGCCUUCUGUGGGGCCACCUUCAAACUGGUGCGAAAGAGCAAGACUCAUGAGAGUGUGCCUGGGGCUGGCAGGGCGAGCACGGCUACAGGGCAGCUGGUGGGCAGCACAAGCUUCCCAGGGCCCUCCAGCAGCCAGCGCAUGAUUGAUUACCGCCACUUUGUGCCCCAGAUGCCCUUUGUGCCAGCCGUGGCCAAGAGCAUCCCAAGGAAGAGGAUCUCCCUGAAACGACCUAAGAAGUGCUUUCGGAACCUAUUCCACAUUCGCAGAAACAAGACUGAGAACUUGGCCUCACUGGUGACCAAGGGGGAGAGCCUGUCCUCCUCUAGGGGCCCAUCAGAGAAUGGGGGGCAGCCAGGCAAAGCCUUCUUCCCCUUAGGUGAGGGGCUGGGGUCAGACAGCCUGUGUCAGGACCUAUCUGACAGUGAGCUCCUCCUGCCUGAUUCUUCCUUUGACCUCUGCAGGGCCCUGUGUGAGGAUGUGGCCUCUCUCAAGAGCUUUGACUCUCUCACAGGCUGUGGGGAGAUCUUUGCAGAUGAAAGCUCAGUACCAUCCCUGGAGCUGAAUGAGGGCCUGGAGAGCCCAGCCCAAGUAUCACAGGCCCUUGAAAACAAGGUUCUGAGGGGUCCCUUCCAGGGCAGCGUGGAACAGCUGGCAUCACCUGCCCAAAAUGAGAUGUCUGACUUUGCCAAGUUCUGGGACAGUGUGAAUCACUCUGUGAGGCAGCAGCACCAUGCCCUACUGGGCCCACGGCUGGGGACAGACACAGAUCGGCCCAGGCUAGAUGCUGCUGGGCUUGCUGAGCUCCCCCUGUGUCCCUGCAGAGACCCCUACAGUGGCUCAAAAGCCAGCUCCAUAGACACAGGCACCCCUAAGAGUGAACAGCCGGAAUCUGUGUCCACAAGUGAUGAGGGCUACUAUGACUCCUUCUCACCUGGCCUUGAGGAAGACAAGAAGGAGGCUUUGAGCCCAGGCACACGUUCAGCUGUCUUCCCCCGGGACAGCUACAGCGGAGACGCCCUCUAUGAACUCUUCUAUGACCCCAGUGAGGGCCCUGUUGGCCCAAGCCUGGAUGAUGACCUAUGUGUGUCUGAGAGUCUGUCAGGGCCAGCACUAGGAGCACCACUGUCCAUGUGCAGCUUCCAUGUGGGGGCGGAGGAGAACUUGGCCCCAGCACCAGGCCCAGACGUGCUCAGCCAGAGCUUUUUGCAAAGUUCCUGGAAGGGCAAGGAGUGUCUGCUAAAGCUCUGUGACACUGAGCUUGCCAUCACCAUGGGCAUUAUCAACUGGCUUCGCCGUGGCCCUGAGCUCCGUACCCCACCUGCCUCAGCCCCUGGGGAAACUGCAGAGAAGCUAGGAGCUGGCUCUGAGAAAAAGGGCUCAGAUCCAGGGAAGCAGGAGAGCAGGGGGGUUGGGGUUUCAGAUGCAAAUAGAACCACUGUGGGUUUAGCACCCAGCAGGCAGGAGCUGUGGGCACAUUCGGGUACCAAGGGCCCACUUGCUAGAGAGAGCAAGGGCCUAGCAGGACCCAAACAAGGAACCAGCAGUCUGUCCAGGGACCCAUCUCUGGAAUGUGUACAGGUCUCUGGGGAAGGAGGGACACAAGGCUGCCAUGAAAGCUUGUUCUCUGUGGGGUCUGCAGCCUCUGCAGCAACAGACACUUACCGCAAAAACAAGCUCCCAAACCCUUGGCCUGGCUUCCAGGAGUCCAGGCCACCUGGGAAUCUGGAGUGUUUCCAAGGUCCUUGGAGGUCAGGUCCUGGAGGAAGCACCUUUAAUGUAGAGCCUUCCCUGACAGGCUGUGUGGCCCAGGUUGCAGCCCUGCAGAUCCACUCAGACUGCCAGUCCCCUACUACACAGCCCCCAAGGCAGGACACAAGCAGUGGGCUCUGUAGGCAGCCUCAGGCCAGGAGCCCUGAAAUUCUCCAGCAGAAACAACCUAACAGCUUCCCUAACAUGUCAGUUGUGUGUGGCCUGCCCUCCCUGGCUAGUCCACUCCAUAGUUCACAGGACCAGAGGUGCCUAGGCCACAUCCUAGAACUUAGCCGGCUCAGGGUUGAGCCCACAAGGAUGGAUACCCAGGCUCAUCGUGCCUCUACGGAGGAUCAGCCCCUGCAGCUCAGUUCAAGGGCUGUGAAUCAGGUGGCACAUAGGAAUCAGCUGGACUCAUAGCCCUGCUUGGCCUUGCUACACAGCUGAGCCCUAGGGGCCAACUGCCAGGAAUUUUGGACCUCACUUCCAACAGCCAGUGCAAGUGAUCCCCCCUCUGCAAGUGCCCCAGAAAGUUAGUACAGUUUCCUGGCCCAUGAGGGCCUCCUUUGCAACCAGCCAGAAGCAGGGGCCCCUAGGCCAGCCAUGGCUGAGCCUCAUCUGUAGCAUGGGCCCUCACUCACCAAAAACUGUGUCUUUGUGGCCACGUUCAACAAAACCUAACACCCAAAUCUCCAUCCUUUGUCCCUGAUGUAAGGACUGUUGGGGGGUUGAGGUAGCAGGACACAGGCAAGUGGAGCAGAGCAUUUUAAUGUGGAGGCAUCCAUGCCUCAACCAGCUCAGCCAGGCCAGCCCAAGGCCAAGGACAGCUGCACAACUGCCAUUGCUUUCAAAGUGUGCUUCACUGAUUUCUCCACAAAGAAAUGAAGACUCCAAUCCCAACCGGCUGUGAAGUGGCCAAACCUGGCUUUUCCUUAUACAGCAUGUUAGAGAGAAGAGCUCAGGCUUGAACCUGGUGGGAAGAUAGCAGUACAUCUUAUAAAUGGGAAGUAGAGGGAGCCAAGAAAUCUACAUAGGAGUUGAAAAAAAAUAAGUGUAUGGUCGAAGGCUUAGAGGUGGGAUGUAGAAUGGGAGAUAGGCAAGUUGGGGGGCUGUGGAUGAGCUCAGUAAUGCCCACCAGCCCCACACCAGCCUGUUCUCUACCCCCAGAACAGGCAGCCAUAGUGCACUAGAGCCCUGAAGGACUUCUUGUGGAAUAAGAAGCAGGACCAGCCUCAUCUCACUAAGAGCCUUGAAUCAGCAGACUGUGCAACCUUGCCAAGGCUAGACCCUAUAGACCCUAGUCGGGUGUUGGUGAAUUCUCUAUUAAAAAUCAGACCAAUAAAAAAAAAAAAAAUCAGACCAAUAAUUUUCCCCAACCCCUCUAAAUGAAGCCAAGUAUGGCAAUGUUCUUAGGAAAGGAGCUGCUUGAUUGUCCAUAACUCUACCAUUCUCAUCAUUCCACACUCUCAGCAUCUUUGCCUCCCCAUUCAGGAAAACUUACCUUGGAAUGCAGCGGUAACUCUCAUCUUCCUGAAAGUCACAACAUGCACAGCACCAGAUGUUCAGAAUCAUGGAGGGAAAAGAUGGCCCACAUCCUCAGAAAAGGCAGGUGCCAGAACAUCAGGUACAGUGAUAGACCCUGUAUCAAGGCCCUCCUAUCUCACCUGACAUGCUGCAAUGAGAUGCAAAGAAUGGGAUGCCACAGACAUGCAACUGUUUCUAGAGGAAAGGUCAUCAUAGAAAGAGGUAGGUCAGGUGGUGGGGGAGAAAUUCCAGCCAAAGGGAUGCAGUCUGACAGCUGACCACAGGCUGCUGCCUCUCCUGAUUGCCUGAGGCUUCACUUCAGACUAGAAAAUGUUCUGUGGCCCUCAUUAACAAGGGCUUACUGGGGCCUACUGUGAACUUUUGUAGGCUCCUGACCAGGCCCAUCCCUGUGACACUGAGGAAGAUCAGACCAGACUUCCUAGAAAACCACAGGUGAUCCUCCUCCCAGGACCUCCACAAAUGAUUAGCAUUAUUGAGCUGUGCUGGGAGCAGGUUACACAUGGAAUAGUUUACCUCAUCCCUGCAUCAGCCUAAAUGCAGAUGUUGUCUUCAUUUUUCAGAUACGAUACCAAGGUGCAGAGAGCUGAUGUGACUUGCCCAUGGAUGCACACAGCUAGUGUGUGGGGCCAAUAGGGUUUGAGUCCCACAUAUUGGCUCCUAAGGCCCAGCUCUUCAUGAGGCUCUAGAAUUUCUCUUGCUGAGCUCCUGCUGUGAACUCUUUCAAAACCUUCACUCCUCCCUUCUUCCAGGCACCCUCUGGGUGCCAGCUGUGUGUCUCUCUGUCAGCAGCCUGAGCACUUGGGGACAGGGGACAUCCCUUAUUGAAUCAAGGCCCUUAUCUCUUUGUACUGCACCUGAGUAGAGCAAGUGCUCAGAACAUGUUUACUUGUUAAAAGAAUGAAAUAUCAAAAGGUUGCUCAUGGUUUUCUGAUUUCUUAUUGAAUGUAAGCCUGUGUCUAGAGAGUAGCAGAGUUAAGAUUUUACCUUGCAGGAUUCUGAGGGAGUGUUUCCUUGUUGUGACAUGAUGACUACUGGUGAUGGGGUGAAUCCAGUCAAUCCCAAGAGUGUUGGGAAAGGCAAGGACAAAGGAGGUUCAGAGCACAGAAGUUGUAGUGAGGGUGGUCUGCAGUGACCCAGCAACAGAGCAGCAGAGAUAAGGAACUGAGGCCAUGCCUACCAAAGAGUCACCAGCCCAGUGACUCUCACUCUGGGAAGCAUCUUGGGCAAUCCUGACACCCUAGAAAUUCUCAUUCUCUGGAUUGGGAGAUCACAGCAGUGGCCUGCUAGGCACCUUGCUGAGAGAAUGAAGGAGAGCCUUCCCUUCCUCUUAGGUCCAGUGGGUCUGAGAAAACCUCAGACCAUCUCUCUCUAUAUCCCACCUCCUAGGCUGCCCUCUUCUGCGAGAUGGGUACAGACAGCACCAGUUUGAUGGGAUUCUCCAGGUCUCAAGCAUAUUGUCCAGGUGACUCACUGAGACGAAAGAAUGGAACUACUGAGCCAGCUCCUGAGAUGAGUGCCUAUCCAGUGUUAGGAAUAGCAUAGGCCUGAAGGACAUUUUUAUUCUGGCCAUUUCUACUCUCUCAUUCAUGCAUGGCUGUAGAGGUUAUAGGAGAUUUUUUUCUCCCAUAUAAAGUAAAAGUCCAGCUCACAGAUGUCCCACAGAGCCUGAGUGACUCCCCAGGGCCACACAGUGGCAAGCAGAGGGCUGGGGUUCACCCUGGCUGCACUGUGCCUUUCAACCUUCCAGGAUUCCGAGGUUGUACUGGGUACUGGGAAGUGUUGGGGAAGGGGCCAGGCAGUCUCCCAGUGGUGGGGGUGGCCUGGGCCUACAGCAGCGUGGCCUGGGGUGCACCAGGAGGGCAGGACAGAGAUCAGCAGGGAAGUGCUGGAAAUGGGUAAAGGCCAGCAUAUGCUGAGGAAGAUUCAGUGAACUACAUCAGGGGGUACCUCUUUCCUUUCCUGGUUUCUUAUUUUAUUUUACUUUUUAUGGAAUAAAUAUAAGAUUCAAAACUCAAAAGACAGAAAACAAUAAAAAGUGAGUCUCCUUUCUUCUUUUA